GUGGUUGCUAGGAUACACUUAAACUGAGCAUCUGUUUAUCUUUAAAUCAAAACUUUACUUAAAUUCACUUUGUCGAGCUAGUUUCAAACAGGUUACUGUUGCCUGCUGUCCGUCUGUAAAAUUCCAUCAAGAGCAAAUGAGCCAACACCAGAAGCAGCGGCAGCAGCUGCAGAUGUUGCCUGCAGCAAAGUCUGUCCAAAAUACGGAACCAGGUACAUCGGGUCACCUGAAUGAGCCACAAAAUGCAUUUGAUGUUGAAGCACAGAUGGCUCAGCAGGCCCGCAAAAAGAUUCAAGCACGUCUGAAAAAGGCUAAGUUGUUCCAGAAAUACAGGGCUCAGCUAAUCCCCAAUAAAUACAAUGUCACCGUAACUUCAGAGCCUGCUUCAACAGAGGAAAAGAUCUGCCUCACUCUAUAUGAAAACACGAUAGUUGUGCCAUUGACUGUGAAGAACUCUGGUGUCAAAACUGUUUAUUUGAGUUUUCGGGCUUCUGACUUCGUAAGGAACAUUUUCACUGUCAGAGAUUCUCAUGGAAAAAGAGUCAAGACUAUCAAGCGACACACUCUUAGACCAGGAGAGACCUAUAAAAUCAAGGUCCACUUCCACGCUGUCCACGCAGGCUUCUAUGAACAGUUGCUGGUCUUUAAGUUUGAAACGCGCAAGCAGUCGUCAGAUAAAUUUGAGAUUAUGCGCCUCUUGGAAGUCACACAUCAUACGUCUUCUAAUAAAGAGCUCCCAUCCACAGCCACAAACUCACUGUGCGAGUUCCAAACUGAGAAGUCGACGUCUACUAAAGGUGUUGUAUCGAUGUGGCUGAAGUCUGUAGUGCCUUUGAACGACUAUCCGAUGCCCCAAAGCACAAAAGACUUGAUAAAAGCAGACACGGACCUUCAGGAGACACUUCUGAACUGGAAAAACUACUUCAGGAGAUUCCACCUGCUGUUGCAUCUCGAGGAGCUCCAGCUGAAGACAGAGGUUGAGAAGUACAACCAGGAUGAUGUGACCAUGUUCAGAGACAAAAACACCAAGAAUCUUCUUAUUCUGCGGAUUGCAGGUGUCACUGGAAGCUCUUCAUCCUUGUUGCCUGGAAACCAAGUGCUGGUGACUCCUUUAGACAAGUCAGGAGGUUUUGAAAAUGCAGUUUACAAAGGCUGGAUCCAACAUGAGGAUGCAGAGCAGGUCUACCUGCAGUUGUGCGAAAAGUUCUUGAGGCAUUUCAAGGAGGGCAUGAGGUUCAAGGUGAACUUCAUUGUCAACCGUCUGCCUCUGCGUAUCCAGCAUAGAGCAGCAGCGCUGGUGCAUAGGCACAAAUUGAAGGAGGUGCUGUUCCCUACUGGAAACUUUUCUUCGCACCAUUCAUGUGUACACAGCAGGCCGUUGGAGUCGGAGAACAACCCGGAGCAGUGCAUAGCCAUUCAACACAUUGUAGCCGCUUCUGCAAAACCUGCCCCUUACCUGGUAUUUGGUCCACCUGGCACAGGCAAAACAGUGACUUUGGUGGAAGCCAUCAAGCAGAUAAUGAAAACUCAGAUGUCCUGCAAUAUCCUGGCCUGCGCUCCCUCCAACAGUGCAACUGAUCACCUCUGUGAAAAGAUACUGAGUGGAAAUAUAGGCAAGCGCAAGUUGUAUCGCUUGUACGCCCUAAAUUGCUCCGUGAGAAAUAUUCCCCAGAUUAUAAAGCAUAACUGCAACCUGAACAAGAAGACAAAAACACUUAUGAUGCCCCCUAAAGAGGAGCUGAUGAAGUAUAAUAUCAUGGUCACCACACUGCUGACUGCGGCACGGCUAGUGACAGGUGGGGUUCCUCCAGGUCAUUACACUUAUAUCUUUGUGGAUGAGGCAGGCCAGGCUGCAGAAACAGAGUGUAUCAUCCCGUUAGCAGGUUUAGUAAAACCAAACAAAUGCCAGGUAGUGCUGGCUGGAGACCCUAAACAGUCAGGCCCCAUCGUCACGUCCAAGUUGGCAGAGAAACAUGGCAUGGAUGUGUCCCUGUUGGAGCGUCUGAUGGGGGACAUCGACCUGUAUAAGUCACAUGAGACACACGGGUUCAACAGCUGUUUUGUCACAAAAUUAUUGAGGAACUACAGGUCACAUCCUGCAAUUCUGAAAAUUCCAAAUGAGCUCUUUUAUAAAGGACAACUUCAGCCUUAUGCUCCUAAAGAGAAUUGCAGUCAAUACUGCAAAUGGAAACGCUUGCCCAAGAAAGGUUUCCCUUUGAUCUUCCAUGGCGUGGCAGGUACUGACGAACGUGCCGCCAACUGUCCCUCUGUUUACAACACAGCAGAGAUGGAGGUAUUGAAGGAAUACUUAAAAGCCCUUAUUGACUAUCUUCACAAAAAGGGUGUCACACAAAUUGGACCAGGAGAAAUUGGCAUCAUUGCACCAUACAGAAAACAAGUGGAGAAAAUCCAGAUCGCCCUUCAGAUGGACAAAGAUCUCAGGAAGGAAAACUUAGAAAACAUAUUGGUUGGUUCCGUGGAAAAGUUUCAGGGUAAAGAGUUCAACGUUAUUCUGGUGUCUACAGUCCGCAGCAAUCCUAAACUGACAGCGCACAAGCAGCGAUUCACUCUGGGCUUUGUUAAUAAUGAGAAGAGGUUCAACGUGGCAAUCACCCGAGCCCGAGCUCUGCUGAUUGUGGUGGGAGACCCCAGAGUCUUGAAAGCUGACCAACUUUGGAACAAGUUUAUCCAUUACUGCGCCAAAGAAGGGGGUUACCGUGGCAUUACAGUCUCUGCAGAGGAAGAGAGUCACCAAGCCUCUGCGAAGAGUGAUUCAACAACACGGCAAUCACCGUUGUAGUAACCAACAUGUGGGGCACUCUCAUCUUUAGUUCCGGUAUUUGGCAUCAAAAAGAGUAAGAAUAAAAAACCAGAUGAGAAACUGAA